AUAGACAGACAGGUAGACAGACAAAGAGGGGGAAGUAUACAGGAGGGAGUUUCUUAGCAGGUAAGGAAAGAAAAAAAAAGAAGCGAGCAAGGAAAAAGAAAAAAAAGCAAAAAAAAGCAUGUGUUGCUCUGUAGUAGUGUGGGCGAAGCCAUCCAUGCAGAGGCAGAGAGCCUAGGUCUGUUUAAGUGUAGGGAUUUUCAUAUGACACAACAACAACAACAUGAACACUAUGAGUGUCCUGUGAAAUAUUACCAACGGGAACUGUUUUACCCCCUUAAUUAAUAAUUUGGAAUGGAUUUUAAGUACUUAUUUUGGAGUUCACUGAUUUGGGUUAUUACUUACACACAGCAGUAAUACAAGGUGCUAUGUAUUACAUGCAUGCAUUUACCAAAAAUGUCCGAAGAAAACAGGAGUACAACUCAUAUAAAAACUGAAGCUGAAAGCACUGAAGGCGUGGAAUCUCAUGCAUCUAGCCAAAAUGGUUCGCAUAAGAACAGGCGGGGAGCCUGUAACCGUACCCUAAGUGGACAUUUGUCCCGGGUUGAUGAGGAACCAAGUACUACAGAGCCUUCUAAAGAACAAAGUAGCAGCAGAGUUGAAACUGUUGAUCGAGGGGUUGGUCCAACUCCUUUCCCACCACACAAUGUUGACCCAAGAAUUCAACAUUUCUUUGGUGGAAUACCACCUCACCACCAGUUCCUGGAUCCAAGGAAUGGUCUGCUGGAAUCUUCUCCAUAUGGUAUUCCUUUUCCUUACGCAAGUCUUCCCAUCAACCAGUCGUUGCCCUUGAAUACUCACACUUUAGAAGGACGAUACCAUUGGCCACCACCUCCACCAACAGCAUUUCAUCAUCCAACACCUGGAUUAUCCAGUAGUCCCUCCCACCCGGAAGUCUCCAUAUUGAGUAUGCGAAGUCCAAUAAACGCAGAUGCUGUGCCACACUUUACAUCUCGGUUACAUUGGGAGCAGUUACAGAGGAAUUUGUACCACAACCAACUGGCCUCUCGAAGAUGUAGCCCUGCCUUGUUACCAGGUUUUCCAGUUGGAAGUGCUGGUUCCCUGGUAGAUUAUCCGUCCCCAUUAAGUCUAAGUCAGCGCAGUAUGUUCUCAGAGAUCCCACCAACGCCUGGCAGUGGAAGUAUCACAUUACCAGCAUCUCUUGAAAGUUCCCGAUUAACAAGUCCCCGACCAACCAAUAUAUCAAAAAGCCGCAAGCGGGCUUUGUCUCAUUCUCCAAUAUCCGACUAUUUCGACAUCCAAAGCUUAACGCGAAGUUCUGAAGGCUCACUCCAGUUAACACCACUUCCUCACAAUUCUCGUAGCUCAAGUGCUGCCAGUGGCUCCUAUGGUCACUUAUCUGCUGCUUCAUUCGGAGCAGUAAGUCCAGCACACCAACACAUCCCUACAGCACCCUACCUCCGUGCCACAGCUUUCGCACCAUCACCAUUUUUUUACCCAGUCAUGCAUCCAAUGUUUGCCCGACAGCAGCCUCUUGGUCAAGUCUUGCCGCCUUCAUCUCAACCAAUUGCUCAUCCAAUUCCAAAGCAUGAACCCCAGAUGUCAUCCUCCACAAGCAAGUGUGAUGCAGGUAGUAGUGUGGUCAGUAGUAGUACAAUGGAACAAGCAGCAGACAUAUUUAAACGAUCCAAAAUUAAAAAAGAAGUGGAAUGCCUCCAAGCAGUGUCUGACCCUGGUGAAGAAGAUGAAGAAAAAGCCUGUGCUGAAGAUUUGCAGAGAGGCAGCAAUCAUAUUCCACAAGAAGGUGAACCAGACUUCAUUGAGACCAACUGUCACUGGGAUGAAUGCUUAAGGGAAUUUGAAACCCAAGAAGAUCUGGUUCGGCAUAUUAACCAAGACCACAUCCAGUUAAAUAAGAAGUCCUUUGUGUGCAAGUGGAGGGAAUGUAACCGAGAAGAGAAACCUUUUAAAGCCCAGUACAUGUUGGUUGUCCAUAUGAGACGACAUACUGGAGAGAAACCCCAUAAAUGCUCAUUUGAAGGUUGUUCAAAAGCUUAUUCACGGCUUGAGAAUCUCAAAACUCAUCUUCGGUCACACACCGGAGAGAAACCGUACAUGUGUGAAUUCCCUGGAUGUACGAAAGCCUUCAGUAAUGCUUCAGACAGAGCUAAACAUCAAAACAGAACACAUUCGAGUGCAAAACCCUAUGUAUGCAAGGCUCCCAACUGUACAAAGCGUUACACAGAUCCCAGCUCACUGAGGAAACAUGUGAAAACAGUGCAUGGUCCUGAGUUUUAUGCCAAUAAGAAGCACAAAGGCAAUGAACACGGCUAUUGUAACCCAAAGACAGAACCAGAUCAUAAUAAAGAUUAUAAAGAUGAUGGCAAUAACAAAAAGGUUGAAGAUUGUUUAACUGUGACAUCUCUUCAAGUGGCUUCUUCAUCACACCGGAGAAAACCUCGAGUGAGUUUGGUCUUUUUCUUAAGGUUUACUUUUUUUAAUUUUUAUUUUCAAACUGAUUCCAAGCAAUUAGUACAAAUUUAUGGCAUACCAGGCAAAUGUAUUCUUAAAUAGCUCCAGGCUGAUCAAAGCCUAGUGUGUGGAU